AAUACAGGAAUGAUGUAAAAUGUGACACUAGGAACCCAAAACGUGGAACCUUGCUCGACAAUAUUGCUGAGAGUGAAAGAGAACAUAUGGUUUCAACUGGUAGUAAAAGCCAUGUCAAGGAAAAGAGCUUGUGUGAUGCUCCCCUGUCAUCGCCUGUCCAAAAGUUUGUCUUGGAAGGAAAAGGAGAAGUGUGUGAAAAGUUGCAGCAAUCCAGGAAUGAUGUAAAAUGCGACCCUGGGAACCCAAAACAUCAAGAUUUGCUUCACAAGAAUAUAUCUGAGAGUGAAAGAGAACAUAUGGUUUCAACUGGUAGUAAAAGCCAUGUCAAGGAAAAGAGCUUGUGUGAUGCUCCCCUGUCAUCACCUCUCCCAAAGUUUGUCUUGGAAGGAAAAGGAGAAGUGUGUGAAAAGUUGCAGCAAUCCAGGAAUGAUGUAAAAUGCGACCCUGGGAACCCAAAACAUCAAGAUUUGCUUCACAAGAAUAUAUCUGAGAGUGAAAGAGAACAUAUGGUUUCAACUGGUAGUAAAAGCCAUGUCAAGGAAAAGAGCUUGUGUGAUGCUCCCCUGUCAUCACCUCUCCCAAAGGUUUCCACUUGUGUUGAAACAGGAAAACAGCUGCUGGAUAAACAUCACAGGAUUGAGGAUAUAGUCACUAUGUUGAGACUAGAAACAGACACAAUAAAACAUGAGAACCAAGAAAAGGAAAAGAAAUACCUUGAGGAUAUUGAAAUUAGAAAAAGAAAGUAUGAUGACCUUCAAAAGACCAUCAAAAUAAAGGAAGAAAUACUUAGAGAGAAUGUAUUCCAGUAUAAUGAACAAUAUGAUAAUAUGAAAUCUGAGAUUACAAUGCAUAUAUUUCAACUGGAGUAUGAAAAAUGA